CCAUGACUUGAUGAGUUUAUUUUAUACCUUAUCUACCACAUUGUUUUUGCAUACUUUCAGCCCAGAGAAUACAUCAAGCUCGAUCACAGAUGACAGGCAUGAAGGAAACGCCAAGUGAGCAAGAUAUUACGGCGACAGUGCCUGCUAUAGCAGAUACCGUAGUAUCCUCGUCAAUUGUGCGGACCAUUGAACCACUUGAACUAGCAGAAACCAACAGGGCCCGGUCAAGCCUGCGCAUCACCGCCAUCUUGAGCGCACUCAAUCUAGUCCUCUUCGUAGCGGCACUCGAUCAAACCAUCGUCGCAACAUCUAUUCCCACAAUAUCCGCCUCUCUGCACUCUGCCGCCGGAUAUACUUGGAUUGGUGGUGCCUAUUUGCUUGCCAAUGCCGCUGCAGCUCCAUUAUGGGCCAAAUUCAGCGACAUCUGGGGGCGAAAGCCGGCUCUCUUAGGAGCAGUCGUUAUCUUUGCCAUCGCUAGCUUAAUCGCGGCGCUGAGUAGGAACAUGUCAACUCUAAUUGCUGCGCGAGCCCUCCAGGGCACAGCAGGUGGCGGCCUUAUGCAAUUAGUUGCGAUCACGAUCUCCGACCUAUUCAGUAUGCGAAGCAGAGCAUUAUACUUGGGGCUCAUGGGGUGCACUUGGGCGCUAGCUGGUUCCGCAGGCCCCUUGGUUGGCGGUGCCUUAACGGAGCACGUAUCCUGGCGGUGGUGCUUCUGGAUAAAUCUCCCAGUCUGCGGCCUCUCAUUCAUACUCCUGCUAGUUCUCUUGGAUGUACACAACCCACGCACGAAACUACGCGACGGCAUGAAGGCUGUUGACUGGUUCGGAACGAUGUCCAUCCUAGCGGUGGCCUUGCUAUUGCUCCUCGGGCUGGACUUCGGCGGCGCGAUAUUUCCCUGGAACAGUCCGAAGGUCAUCUGUUUGAUCGUGUUCGGAACAAUGAUGAUAGGUUUCUUCGUUUUCAGCCAAAAGCGCCUGGCCAAAUACCCCUUGAUGCCCCUUGGCAUCUUUAAUACCUGGUCCAAUAACGCAACCUUUCUAGUCGCCUUUACUCACAGUAUGGUCGCCAUGGGGAUUGAGUAUUACCUCCCGCUAUUCUUCCAAAGCGUCAAACAAGCAUCGCCUCUCCGUAGCGGUCUCCUGAUCCUGCCCAUGAUGGUGGUUGAAGCAGCCACGGAUGUCAUAUCCGGCAUCUUGAUCCAUCAAACUGGACGCUACAGGGAGCUCACCUGUGCCGGACUCGCAUUCAUGACCUUAGGAACGGGACUAUACAUCUACCUCGGAGUCGACACUACUGUGGGGACAAUCAUCGGGUUCGAAAUCAUCGGCGGUAUCGGAACCGCGCUUCUAUUCCAAACACCCAUGAUCGCGAUCCAGAAUACGGUCAGUCAGGCCGAUACUGCAUCAGCCACUGCGACCUUGAGCUUUAUUCGUAAUCUGGGAACAUCACUCUCGCUCGUGCUCGGUGGUCUGGUGUUUCAGAAUGGGAUGACUGCUCGCCAGCCAGCGCUUGUGGCUGCUGGUCUUGGUGAAUCCGUUCUCCGUUCCUUGUCUGGUGAUCAAGCAGCCGCGAAUGUGGAUAUCGUCAAGUCUAUUCAGGAUAUUGCGCAGCGUCGGGCGGUGCAAACCGCUUUUGCUUGGAGCCUGCGGAACAUGUUUAUACUGUAUACCGCCAUCGCGGCUGUCGGGCUGGUGGCGAGCGCUUUCAUCAAGCAGCGGCACAUGAGCACCGAGCAUACAGAGACUAAGACGGGCGUCCAGGAUUUGACAGAGCGGGAUGCAUGAAAGUGAGGAAAAACACCACUCAUACUUUCAUAUGCCUCAUCGUCAAACCGUUGCUUGGCCGUCAGCCUCCUCCGUAUUGAGCGCUUGCGCAUGGACUUCCGGGGGUUGAUCUGCCACAGCCAGCCAUCAGACCGUUGCUAGCAACUCUAGAUUCUCCUACUUGUUAGAAGAGGGUAUGGUUUUGGGGGGCCGGGGGGGUGGUCAUUAAUUCGACCAAUUUUCAAUUUGCCACAUUUGAGUCCAUGGCGAACCAAGAGGAUAUCGAGUCUUUUGACACAAUGGAGGCUUGCCAUGUCGGUCCGCAGCCCAUAAUUGAAGUUGAUAUUGUUGCGAUAGACUCGACUGUGUGAUUGAUAGUGUUCCAUUAUAUUUAGGAGGGUUCGCAGGUGAUAUUGGAGUCUGCUGGAUGUGAAUGGGGGCUUUGUGUGCAUAUCUCUUAUUUGCUGAAUAAAGUAUAUAGAAAUUAGAUCCAGUAACCUAUUGUAUUUUAUAUAAUAUAUAACCAAGGGAAUACACUGGGUCGCAAACUCACUAAUGAGCCAGGUCUGGCUAAAAGUGCUUUGGAAA